AUGGCUGCUUUUGUUCCCCAAUCUUUUAGAAAAAGUUCAUUCAUUAGGAGCAACAAUCAUUUGCAGCAUUCCAGAGAGAACAACGAUGAUGAUCCAGGUGAAGAAAAUGGAAGGAGUAGCAAGCAAUUUGCCAAGUGUCAUGAGGGGAAAACUGAUCAUGAAGAACAAAGCAAGGAAGAAUAUGACAUUGCAUUGCUUUGUCCAGUCAGGAAUCCUAAUUUUUAUUGUGAAUCAGGAGAUGGGCCAGGUGAAUCUUCUUCAGAGAAAGGGGGACUGAAAAAGCCUGAAUAUGUUCUGCCAACGACUGCAAGAAGAGGGAAGCCGAAAGCAUGUUCAAAAUGGCAGAAUAUCAGGGAAGUUGUUGACCUCAAAAAUUAUGGAGCCAAUGAAUUGUUGAAGAAAAUCAGGCAACAUUCUUUGUCUUGUGGACAUUCAACUGAAAGAUUGGCUCAUUGUUUCGGGACUGCCCUAGAAGCUUGGAAGCCAGGAGUCGUGGCCACUGUUACAUGGAAUUUCCCUCCCAAGCUCAAAAUCUGUGGAAUUGAUCUCCCACAGCCUGGAUUUCAUUCAGCCGAGAGGAUCGUGGAGACAUGGCUUGGCAAGCUAAGGCGAUUUAACAUCCCUUUCGAGUUCCACGCGAUUUUGAAGCGAUGCGAAACCAUAACUGAAGAUGAUCCGAUGAUUGACCGAGAUGGAAUUGAAGCCCUAAUUGUGGAUUGUGUUUAUAGGAUUAGAAAUGUCCCUGAUGAAGUUAAAACAACAAUCCAGAGCAACGGAAAUCCUUGUUUUAGUCCCAGGGAUUGCGUCCAUAACCUGACUGGCACCAAAAUCCAGCUGUUUUGUACACAGAAUCCUGAAUGGAACUUUCAGCGCCCCAUUUUUCGAGACUCGAUUCAAGGAGGCAAUGUACCAUUUUUCUUCAUUAUUCGACAUGUUUGA